GGCCUGGCCGCCCCCGGCAACACCCCCAUCCUCUACAAGCUGAAGCUGGGUGAGAUCGUCACCACCAUCCCCACCAUCGGGUUCAACGUGGAGACAGUGGAGUACAAGAACAUUUGCUUCACCGUCUGGGAUGUGGGCGGCCAGGACAAAAUCCGACCCCUCUGGAGACACUACUUCCAAAACACGCAGGGUCUCAUCUUCGUGGUGGACAGCAACGACCGAGAGCGAGUGCAGGAGUCUGCCGAGGAGCUGCAGAAGAUGCUUCAGGAGGACGAGCUGCGGGAUGCCGUCUUGCUGGUGUUUGCCAACAAGCAGGACAUGCCCAACGCCAUGGCGGUGAGCGAGCUGACCGACAAGCUGGGGCUGCAGACGCUGCGCAGCAGGACCUGGUAUGUGCAGGCAACGUGCGCGACCCAGGGCACGGGGCUCUACGACGGGCUGGACUGGCUAUCGCACGAGCUCUCCAAGCGCUAG